AUGUCUGUCAUUGCCCACGUGGACCAUGGCAAGUCCACUCUGACGGACUCCCUGGUGUGCAAGGUAGGUAUCAUCGCCUCUGCCCGGCCUGGGGAGACCUGCUCCACUGACACCCGGAAGGACGAGCAGGAGCGUUGCAUCACCAUCAAGUCAAUGGCCAUCUCCCUUUUCUAUGAGCUUUCAGAGAACGACUUGAAUUUCAUCAAGCAGAGCAAGGAUGGCUCUGGCUUCCUCAUCAACCUCGUCAACUCCCCUGGGCAUGUCGACUUUUCCUCAGAGACAGAGAUGGUGCUGUGCCAGGCCAUCGAUGAGCACAUCAAGCCAAUGCUGAUGAUGAACAAGAUGGACAGGACCCUGCUUGAGCUGCAGCUGGAGCCUGGGGAGCUCUACCAAACCUUCCAGCGCAUCGUGGAGAACGUCAACUUCAUUAUCUCCACCUAUGGCGAGGGCGAGAGUGGCCCGAUGGGCAACAUCAUGAUCGACCCCAUCCUUGGUACUGUUGGCUUCGGGUCUGGUCUCCAUGGUUGGGUCUUUACCCUGAAGCAGUUUGCAGAGAUGUAUGUGGCAAGUUUGCCUCCAAGGGCGAGGGGCAGCUAG